AUGGCAAACUGGAAAUGCAUUCUGGGCUCCGUCUUCGGGGGAGCAGUGCUGCUGACCGCGGGGAUCCUGCUGGGCCACUUCGCCAUCCCCAAAGAGUCGCCUUCCCCCAACUGGGUCAAAAACAUCACCCAGGAUCUGGAUCCAGAAAUCCUGGAGGAUUUCAUGAACCAGGUGGAAGCUGCCAACAUCCGAGAGAACCUCAAGAAGCUGUCAGCCAAGCCGCACAUGGCAACCACGAAGGGGGACCAAGAUCUAGUCAAACUCCUCCUCGAACGCUGGAGCGACCCGAAAUCUGGUCUUGACAGGGCCAUGGAAAUGCGGUACGACGUUUUUCUGUCUUUCCCAGAUCCAGAGAGACCCAACAGAGUGACUGUGGUGGAAAACCACACUGAGGUGUUUGCGUCCCGAGAAACUGAGGAAAAACUCACUCCCGAUCAAGAAGAUCCAGAUAUAGUAAAGCCCUAUGCUGCUUUCGGACCCCCGGGGACCGCCGAGGGGAAACUGGUCUAUGCCAACCAAGGAAAAACGAGCGAUUAUGAAUUCCUUCUUAAUCAAAAUAUCGACCUCAAUGGCACCAUUGCCAUCACACGCUAUGGAGGAGCCGGCAGAGUUGCAAAGGCGAUCAAUGGGGCAAAAUUUGGCGUCAUUGGUGUGGUGGUGUACACAGAUCCUGCAGACAUCAACGAUGGGAAAUCUUCACCAAAGGAGACCUAUCCUUAUUCGUGGUACAUGCCCCGCUCCGGUGUAGAGAGAGGCUCUUUCAAAACCGGCUUCGGAGAUCUUCUGACGCCCUAUUUUCCUGCCAAAAGUUUCACCUACCGGAUUCCAGAGGAUCAAAUCACUGGGCUUUCCACAAUCCCUGUCCAACCCAUUGGCUUUGAGGAUGCCAAGGAACUGAUCUGUAACCUUGAUGGACCCAAAGCAGAGGCUGCCUGGCAAGGGGGCCUGGGCUGCCAUUAUCACCUUGGACCCGGAUUCCGAGAAAAUGGGCGCUUUUCUAACACCAGCAACGUGCAGGUGAAGGUCUAUAACAAGAGGCAGAUCAAACCAUCUUCCAAUGUCCUGGGGGUGAUACGGGGAAGCGUGGAACCAGAUCGGUAUGUCCUGUAUGGGAACCACCGGGACAGUUGGGUCCAUGGAGCCAUUGACCCCAGCAGCGGAACAGCCGUCAUGCUUGAAAUAACACGUAUUUUGGGGAAGAUGUUGAAGGAAGGGAAGUGGCGCCCGCGAAGAACCCUCAUUUUUGGCAGCUGGGGUGCUGAAGAGUUCGGCCUGAUUGGUUCGACAGAGUACACAGAGGAAUUUUUCAGCAAAUUGCAAGAGAGAAGCGUAGCCUACAUCAACGUGGAUAUUGCUGUCUUUGCUAAUGCCACCCUGAGGGUCCAAGGAACGCCCGCAGCCCAAAAGGUCGUUUUUGCAGCUACACAACAGGUCAAGACCCCAGCAGAUGCUUCGGUAUCCAUCUAUGCAAACUGGAAACGCCAUUUCAACAGAACUAGCUCGGCGCACGGAAUAAUCCCCAGCUUGGGGUCCCUGGGGGCUGGAAGUGAUUUUGCUCCUUUUAUCCACUAUCUGGGCAUCACCGCGAUGGACAUCGCUUACACCUACGAUCGGAGCAAAACGUCGGCGCGCAUUUACCCUGCCUACCACACGGCCUUCGAUACCUUUGACUACGCAGACCGAUAUAUCGAUCCCGGAUUCACCAGCCACCGGGCCGUGGCACAAACAGCCGGCAACGUCUUGUUGCGCCUGGCGGAGACCUUGAUCCUGCCCUUCAACGUGAGCGACUACGGGGAGACCUUGCAAGCCAUGUACGACACGGCCGAGCGGGCGUUCCAGGCGGACCUCCUCAACCACAAACUCUCUCUUGUUCCCCUCCGUGACGCCAUUGCUCGCUUCAAGUCUGCAGCUGCCGGCCUCAACCAGCACAUCGCAAAUUUGCAAAAUGAAGAUUCUCCCAGUCCUUUUGCUCUGCGGACGGUGAAUGACCAGCUGAUGCUGCUGGAAAGAACAUUUCUGAACCCGAGAGCUUUCCCAGACACACAUUAUUACAGCCACGUCAUCUGGGCCUCCCGCUCGUCUUCCGUGGCUACUUUCCCAGGCCUGGCCGACGCCGUGGCUGUGGCCAGAGAGCAGGAGAAGUGGGACGACGUCCAUAAACAUCUGACGGUGGUUAUCCAAGCGGUGGAAAACGCUGCCUCCUUUCUCGAACCCGUGGCCGAAUGA